AUGACAACAGUAGCAGCCCGGUGGCGGCCAACAGCGAUCCUCCUCCCCUUUGUCGUUCUCUUCUGCUUCCUGUGCCUCAUCCUCUUGCGUUACGACCUCCCUUCCACCGACUUCACCAAAAACAACUCGUCGCCAACGCUCAAUUUACCAUCACCUACAAAUUCACACCUCUGCGUGCUGGCACGCACCUACCCAAAACAAUAUACCUACCUUCCCGCUUUCCUCCUCAGCGUUGUGAAGGGAACUGACCACUCGGCGCCGCUGGAUACGACCGUCGUGGUGGUUGUGACGGAGGAAACCACGCGUGAGCAGAAGAAGGUGUUGAGGGACACAUUGAGGGUCACGGAGGAGGCGGCAAUGGUGGGCGGACACCCGAGGCCGAAGAUUGUGACGCUGGACGUGCGGAAGGAGGAGGCAGAGCGGGUUUAUCCUUUGCUGAAAGAUGGCUGGAGUGACUAUGGAUAUGCAUACACAGACGUGGCAAUCGAAAAACUGGCUGCAGCCCACUCCAGUCCCCAUACGACCUUCCCCAAAUGCGACUACAUCAUGUUCACCAACGCCGACAACCUCUAUUCCUCCCGCCUCGGCACACACAUCACGCCACACAUCACGUCACAAACCGACCUGAUAGGCUUCGACAUGAUCUCAGGACACGCAUGGCAUUCACGCAGUGCUGCAGACCCCGCGCAGGGCAUAUAUGACGACGCAACGAUGAAACAUCUUACUGUGGCGUUUAAGACGGCUGCGAUUGACCUGGGAGCUUCGAUUCAUCGGUUUGACCUCGUUGUCAAGCAUGGGUUCAGGUUCUUGAAGAUUGCGGGGGUUACGGAAGGCAUGGAAGGCGAGGAAGCCAAAGCGAAACUUUGGAAUGCGGAUGGGAAUUUCAUUGAGGCAUCGAAAGCCGUUGCGCAGAAGACGGCGAUCAUUAGGCAGACGCUGUUUGUGCAUCAAUAG